AUGACCGUCGGCCGCUCAAACGCUGAGGCUGGCAGCGCGCCUCCCCCACCACCGCCGCCUCCUCCUCCGGGCCCAUUAGGAAGCACACCGACUCCCAAUGCUCCCGUGCCUUCAAUCAAACGGCCAAGUGUGGCACUGAAUGAUCCGGACAUUGGGGUUCAAUUGCACGCCACUGGAGAUGUAAGAAAUGGAUUUUCACUCGAGCUUAAGCGAAACCAUGACCUCAAGGAUACUGGAAAUAUCCCCUCCUCUAGGAUUCCGUUACAGUGGGUUGAUGGUCGAUACUUCGAUGAGAAGGCAAUGCUUAAUAACGGCACUCACAAGCUCGAUACCGUGCCGGUAUGCAUGUUCGAGGCGUCAGCAAGCAAAGUUCAUGCACCUGGGAAGACACUAAACUCAAUGAGUACCACUCCUUCCCCGCGAAGUAUGGUUAAACAGCGAAACUGCCAGACCUGGAUCGUUGAGUCGGCAGAUCAACUUGUCAAGGAUGGAAUUUUCAAUGCAGAGACUGCGGCUUAUCUUCGCAGUGUCGAACAGCGAUUGCCCGACGUCUGA